AUGGACGCUCUUCGUCCUGGGAGCAGUUCUUCCACCCCUUCAACUUCCACUUCUUCGGGGUAUGCUCCUUCGACGACAAGUAUUUCAUCUUUAUCUCCACUAACCCAAGCAGGAACAUCGUAUAUUUCAGAUCGAAUGCUUGGCAUAGAUCAUGGAUGGUACGAAUAUUCAAAAUGGACAAAAGGAGAAGUUGAUGAAUUGUUAUGGUCUUAUAGAACGAUCGUAACAGCAGGAACGGCUUCUUUGGUUUCCACAAUGGCUUCCUUUCCUUUUGACAGUUUAAAAUCCAGAUUACAGGUAAAACAUUAUCCAAGCGUUUGGGCAUGUGGAAAAGCGGUAAUAAAAGAAGAAGGACUUGCAGGUUUCUUUAGAGGUGUUACGAUACCCUUGAUCACGAUUUCAUUCGUUAGGACUAGCUCGUUUGCAAUUUACGUCAAUACAAAGAGUUGGCUACAUAAGAACGGGUUUCUGAAUGAUCCUUCAAAAUUAUCAAAUACAGCCUUGAGUGGAUUAGCAGGAGGUGCUACAAGUGGUGUGAUUAUCAGUUGUGGUUCAGCUCCUUUUGAGUUGGUCAAAGUGGUACGACAGCUAGAAUAUCUGACGGCUGUACAGAAAGGAAUAGUCUCACAAUCAAAAGGAAGGUUUAUGCCCAAGUCAGGUUUCGCGGCCGCAGGUGAUAUAUGGAAAUAUCAUGGAAAAAUCAAAGGAUUCUAUAUCGGUUUCCCGCUUCAUCUUUGUCGUGAUACGCUAGGAACGGCAUUCUAUUUCGGUUUCUACGAUUCUUUGCGAUCGGUCGUCAAGCGCAAUUCACCGAGUGAGAAGGAAGGUUUGUUUGGGCUACCACUGCCGGUCGUUUCAUUCCUUACAGGUUCGACAGCUGGAAUAGCGUCUUGGCUUUUCGUUUAUCCGAUAGAUUUACUCAAAACCAAUGUUCAACAAAGAACGCUUUCUGGACAUCCACAACAGCUAACGGGCAUGCAACUGUUUACACAUCUAAUGCGUGAAAGACCACCGCCAAAUCCAACACAGCGGGAUACAUUCUUGCGAAGGUUCUUGCGGCUAUAUCGAGGUUUGGGCGUUAGUGCAUUGAGAAGUUUCAUUUCGCAUGGAUUGACGUGGACUUUGAUCGAAACGAUCGCAGCCAAGAUUGCUGAAAGGACAGGAAAGCCAAUUGAUGAAGUUAUGAACGCUCGGUAAUAUCAGAUGCUCGAUAUUUUGCACAUUUGGAAAUCAUCUUCAUACAUCUCUCUUAACGCAAUUUGCAUCAUACAUUUGUACGCAUACUGUUUAUGCAUCUUUUUUUAAUAGACGAAUAUUUGUCAGGAAGAAGAGGUUAAGAAAGAAGACUUUU